AUGUCACAAAUAAAUUCAACUCCAACAAUAUGUAUACUGGGAUGUGGAACUAUGGGUCAAGCAAUCUUAUCAGGGGUUUUAAAGUCGUUAUCAAAUGACACUACUAUUGUAGCAGCAAGUAGUAGUUCAACUAUUACAACAACUUUUAAUCCAAAUAAAUUCAUUGCUUGUGUGUCAAAUGAAGAAUCAGCUAAAAAAUUAUCGAAAUCACUUAAUAAUGAAAAUGUUUCUGUUUUAUCAGAUAAAAAUGUCAAAGGUGUAAGUGAAGCUGAUGUUAUAAUAAUGUGCACAAAACCUCAAAUUGCAAAAAAAGUUUUAACCGAAAAAGGAAUGUUUGGAGCAUUAGAAAAUAAAUUAUUGAUUAGUAUAUUAGCUGGUGUUCCAAUGAUUCAAAUAAAAGAAUGGGUUCCUACUUCUACUAGAGUCAUACGUGCUAUGCCAAACACUCCUUGCAUGACAUUAGGUAGAGUCAGAUUUCUAGAUGAAAAACAUUUAGAUGCUGUCACUGGACUUUCUGGUAGUGGUCCUGCAUUUGUUUGUGUUGUGCUUGAAGCUCUUGCUGAUGGUGGAGUUAUGAUGGGUCUUCCAAGAGAUGUGGCAGUGGAAUUGGCUGCUCAAGGAGCUGCACGUCUGGUACUUCAAACUCGUAAACAUCCAGCUGCGGUUAAGGAUGAAGUAACUACUCCUGCAGGAUGCACAAUAGCCGGACUGCUUACAAUGGAAGAUGGUAAAAUUCGCUCAACAAUAGCAAGAGCUGUUCAAGAAGCUACUGUUGUUGCUUCAUCAUUAGGAAAAGCACAAGAAAAAAAAAUCUGA